ACAUCUCACAACAUUAGAGGAUCACUCCACUGCAACUGCAGGUAACCUUUCUGCUUGUUUACUUUAGUGUUGACGUUGACAGGCGAUAUUAGUUAAAUACGAUUCUUAGAUUAAGAUCUAAAUAUUUGAUGAAUACUGUAAAACAUGUUAGAGUUCAAUAUUUUUUGAGAUUGGGAAUAUAACCUUUGGAAUAUAUAUUUUGAACAUAAACAUGAUUUAUGAUGAUGAUGAUGAGUAUUAUUAUUUAUCUAAUAAAUUUCAACAUGUUUCUAUUGACGGAAAUCCUAAAAAUACAUUGAUUGAUUCUAAGACUCGUUAUCCUGAGUAUUUAAGAAAUCAAAAUGUUACAUCAGCCCGUAAAAGAAAAUCAAAGAAAACUUGUAAAACGCAGGAAGUAAUCACUAGCUCAGGUAGCACCAGUGAAAGCAGGAGGAGGAGUAAUAAAAAAACCUCUAAAGGAACGUUCAAGGAAUGUCGGUUAUGUUCAGGAAAGUUGUGAAACCACUGAUGAACACAUUCAUGAAAUGAAAACUGUGAGUAUUUUUCCAACAGAAAAAGAUUUGUUCGGUACUCCUGAAUUGGAAAAGAAUAUUGUGGAAGGUGCAUAUAGAAAUGUGGACCAUUACUUGGCAGUACAAUUUAGACUUCUUCGAGAGGAUUUUAUGGGUUCACUUCGAAAAGGAAUUAUAGACUAUCGAAGACAUAAUUCUUCCAAUGACGAUCCAGAAGUUUCCUUCUAUACUCAAGUACAAGUAACAGGAUCUUCUUUUAUUGGUGGUGGGAAAUUUGGCCACAAGAUAAAAUUUAAUAACAAUGUCAAUUGGGCUGAUUUGUCAAAGGACUGCAAAUUUGGCUCCCUCCUUCUGUUUACAACAAAUAGAUUUGAAACCUUUUUCUCAGGAACAGUGAUUGACAUGGACAGUGUCAACAGCACAAUAAUGGUAAAAUUCAAUAGCAAGUCUGAGACAGUCAAUGUCUGUGCUUGGCAGUUCACUGUAGCAUUCCCAAAAGUGUAUUUUGAACCUUAUUUCCAUGUAUUGAAUGGACUUCAAAAAAUGGCACAUGAAAGAUUUCCCAUGGAAAAAUACAUUAUAAAAGUCAAUUCCAGACCAAAUCCACCAGCUUAUAUCAGGGGAUUCGGUCCUAGAACCUACAAAAUAAAUGGAAAUCAUUAUGUCAAUGUCUUAAGUACUACUUCGUGGCCACAUCUUGAAUCACUGAAAUUAAAUCCCUCUCAGCAUCGUGCCUUCCAAGCGGCCCUGACCAACGAGUUUGUAGCAAUACAAGGACCCCCUGGGACAGGGAAGACUUUUCUUGCCAAACAAAUAGUUGCCACACUUCUGGAUAAUGUGGAAAUGGAUACACCUAUUCUAGUCGUUUGUUACAAGAACCAGGCCUUGGACCAAUUUCUGGAGGGAAUUCUAGAGAAGACCAAGAAUAUCAUCAGAAUUGGCAGCAAAAGCCAGAGUGAGGUAUUGGAAAAUUUUAAUAUAAAGAAUCACCGUCCAAAGAACUAUGGUUAUAAUACAUAUGCAAAACCUAUGGAGAGAUUAGCUGCUGAGUACUCAGCUAAACAGAAACUGUUAAAUGAAACCAUCUCUCAAGGCGUUAGAGAAGAGAUGAGGAAAAUUGAAAGGGAUAUUCAAGUUCUAGAACAGAAAUUGGAUGAUGCCAGAAACUCAGCUGAUAUAAGUGUUAUGAAAAAAGCCAAGGUUGUAGGAAUGACUACUUCAGGAGCGGCCAGACUUAGGCCUUGGUUGAACCAGCUUGGAGCAAAGAUCG